AAAUCUUUAAAAGAAAUUUCACAAUAAAAACAGCGCCAAUGUGGCGUUUGUAUGAUGUGGGUGUGGCACUUUGUUGCCUGUUAAUUGCGUGCGGCAUAACGAUUACAAAUGCUGAGCUAACGCCGCCAUAUUUUAAUUUGGCUACUGGCCGAAAAAUAUAUGCAUCCGCCACUUGCGGUACGGAUACUGAUGGACCGGAGUUGUAUUGUAAAUUAGUCGGAGCGAAUACAGAAAAUGAUCACAUCGAUUAUUCUGUCAUUCAAGGACAAGUUUGCGAUUAUUGUGAUCCAAAUGUGCCCGAAAAGAAUCAUGCACCAGAGUUUGCUAUUGACGGUACUGAGGCCUGGUGGCAAUCGCCUCCAUUAUCUCGUGGUAUGAAAUUCAAUGAAGUAAACUUGACAAUUGAUUUCGGACAGGAAUUUCAUGUUGCUUAUUUAUUUAUACGUAUGGGUAACUCACCACGUCCUGGUUUAUGGACUUUGGAAAAAUCCACAGAUUAUGGUAAAACAUGGACACCAUGGCAACAUUUCUCCGAUACACCAGCCGAUUGUGAAACUUACUUUGGUAAAGACACUUACAAACCAAUUACCCGUGAUGACGAUGUUAUCUGCACAACCGAAUAUUCGAAAAUUGUACCACUGGAAAAUGGUGAAAUUCCUGUGAUGCUUUUAAACGAACGUCCAUCGUCUACGAACUAUUUUAACUCAACUGUGCUGCAAGAAUGGACGCGUGCAACCAAUGUGCGUAUACGUCUUUUGCGUACCAAAAAUUUAUUAGGUCAUUUGAUGUCCGUAGCGAGACAAGACCCUACAGUGACCCGACGUUAUUUCUAUUCCAUCAAAGAUAUUUCGAUUGGUGGUCGUUGUAUGUGCAAUGGUCAUGCAGAUACAUGCGACGUGAAAGAUCAUAAAAGUCCUGUACGUAUAUUGGCUUGCCGCUGUCAACAUCAUACUUGCGGUAUACAGUGUAAUGAGUGUUGUCCUGGCUUUGAGCAGAAGAAAUGGCGUCAAAAUACAAAUGCUCGUCCAUUUGAAUGUGAACCUUGCAACUGUCAUGGUCAUUCAAAUGAGUGCGUUUAUGAAGAAGAUAUCGAUAAAAAAGGACUAUCACUGGAUAUACAUGGACGUUACGAUGGUGGUGGCAAAUGUUUGAACUGCCAGCAUAAUACCGAAGGUAUCAAUUGCAAUAAAUGUAAGCCGAAAUAUUAUAGACCACGUGGCAAAUAUUGGAAUGAAACAGAUGUCUGUAAACCUUGCAAUUGUGAAUUCUUUUAUUCCACUGGACAUUGUGAGGAAGAAACUGGACGUUGCGAAUGUCGUAAAGCUUUCCAACCACCAAAUUGCGAUUCCUGUGCUUAUGGUUAUUAUGGUUAUCCAAAUUGUCGUGAAUGUGAUUGCUACUUGUUGGGUACUGAAGGUCAUCAUUGUGAAGCUGUUAAUGGUGAAUGUCCUUGUAAAGUAAAUUUCGCAGGGCAUUACUGCAAACAGUGUGCUGAAGGUUUCUAUGCGUUCCCUGAAUGCAAAGCUUGUGAGUGCAACCAAAUUGGUUCAAUUAGCAAUGACUGUGACUUGGAAACAGGUCAGUGCAAGUGUUUAAGUAGUUUUGGUGGCGAACAGUGUGAACGGUGCAAACACGGUUAUUUCAAUUAUCCUAAAUGUCAAUAUUGUGAUUGCGACAUACAAGGAACCCAGGACGAAAUUUGUAAUAAAGAAAAUGGUCAAUGUAUAUGUCGCGAAGGUUUCGGUGGUCCCCGCUGUGAUCAGUGCUUACCUGGCUAUUUCAAUUAUCCAGAUUGUAAGGCUUGCAAUUGCUCCACCACUGGCAGUACGGCUAUCACUUGUGACAACACCGGCAAAUGUAAUUGUUUGCCCAAUUUUGCUGGCAAACAGUGUACACUUUGUAGUGCUGGUUACUUCAGCUAUCCAGAAUGUUUGCCUUGUAAUUGUGAUGUACAUGGUUCGGAGGGCGUUACGUGCAAUGCCGAUGGCCAAUGCUUGUGUUUGCCUAACUUUGAUGGUAAACUCUGUGACUCCUGCAAAGAAGGCUAUUAUAACUUCCCAAGCUGUGAAGAUUGUAAUUGUGAUCCGGCUGGCGUUAUUGAUAAGUUUGCGGGUUGUGGCUCCGUGCCUAUUGGUGAGUUGUGCCAGUGUAAAGAACGAGUUACUGGACGUAUAUGCAAUGACUGCAAACCUCUUUAUUGGAACUUGAAUAUAAGUAAUCCUGAUGGUUGCGAAGUGUGUGAUUGUUGGGUUGAUGGUACUAUUGCUGCUAUGGACACUUGUCUAUCGAAGUCAGGACAAUGUACCUGCAAACCGCAUACACAGGGUCGGACUUGUAAAGAGUGCAGAGAUGGUACUUAUGAUUUGGAUGGUGCUUCGCUAUUUGGCUGUAAGGAUUGUAAUUGCGAUGUUGGCGGCUCAUGGAAAACGGAAUGUGACAAAAUGACCGGUCAAUGUGUUUGUCAUCCUCGUGUUACGGGACGUGCAUGUACACAGCCAUUAACGACGCAUUACUUCCCAACUCUGCAUCAAUUCCAGUAUGAAUACGAGGAUGGUUCGCAGCCCUCUGGUGCACAAGUGCGUUAUCAGUACGAUGAAGAUGUCUUUCCAGAUUUUAGUAGUAAAGGUUAUGCUGUUUUCAAUGAUAUACAAAAUGAAGUUCGCAAUGAUUUAAAUGUAUUUAAAUCAUCUGUAUAUCGUAUUGUUAUACGUUAUGUUAACCCAAAUCCUGAAAAUGUUACCGCUAAUAUUUUAAUACAAUCUGAAAAUCCAUUGGAAGUCGAUCAAAAUGUUAAGGUGCUCUUGCGUCCAACAACCUCUCCACAAUUUGUAACAGUUGCUGGUAUUAAGGGUAAUAAACCUUCCGCUGUUGUUUUGGAUCCAGGCCGAUACACCUUUACUACAAAAACCAAUAAAAACAUCAUGUUAGAUUAUUUUGUAUUGUUGCCAGCUGCUUAUUAUGAGGCCUCCAUUUUAACAAGAUAUAUCUCCAAUCCUUGCGAAUUGGGUAACAUGGAACUAUGCAGACAUUACAAAUAUGCUUCAGUUGAUGACUUCCAACCUGCUACAACUCCAUUCAUAAUUGGUUCUAAUAAUAAGCCCACUAACCCAACACAACAUUAUAAUGAUCCAGAACAUUUAUCUAUCAUUAACCAUGUCGGCGAUAUACCCGUCAUUAGCGCAACACAACCCGAUCUUAAUUAUAUUAUCGAUGUGCCACGAAGUGGACGUUAUAUUUUCGUAAUCGAUUAUAUCAGUGAACGAAACUAUGCCGAACCCUACUAUAUAAAACUACGAGUAGGUCAAAAUGAGGAGGAUUACGGUACCACAACAUUGUAUCCUUGCUUGUAUUCAACUUCUUGUCGUACACCGAUUAUUGAUGAAAACAGUCGAGAAAAAACAUUUAAUCUGGAUGACGAUGAUAGCAAACCUGUAGUAGUUAGUGCCGAUUUUGAAGAUUUUGGACGCGUCGCUAUUAUUUCAGUUACUGCCAUACCAGCAGAGCAGUGGUCCAUCGAUUAUAUUAUACCAAGUACAGUUUGUGUCAUAAAUAAUCAGCAAUGUGCUACACCUAAAUUCCGUACAGUUCCUGACUCUAAAAAAAUCGAAUUCGAAACAGAUCAUGAAGAUCGAGUCUCAGAAAAUAAGCCACCAUAUGCUGUGCUCGAUGAGCGAGUUAAAUUGGUGCAUUUGGAUAGUAAAAAUGAAGCCACUAUCAUAAUUGAAUCCAAAGUAUCAGAUCCUGGACGUUAUGUGAUUUUAAUCAAAUACUAUCAGCCACAUCAUCCCAAAUAUAAUGUCAUGUAUACUUUGACAGCUGGUAAAAAUCAAUAUGAUGGCAAAUUCGAUGUCAAUCAUUGCCCAUCAAGUUCGGGAUGUCGUGGUGUGAUACGUCCUAAUGGUGAAGACUGGUGGUUCGAUAUUGAUGACGAGUUCAAGUUUACUAUUACAAAUAAUCGCCCUCAAGGUGUUUGGUUGGAUUACAUGGUUGUCGUACCGGUUGAUCAAUAUAAUGACGAUUUGUUGGUAGAAGAAACAUUUGAUCAAACUAAAGAAUUCAUUAAACUUUGCGGACAGGAUCACUUUUACAUUACACAUAACGCUUCGGAAUUCUGCAAGAAAGCAGUAUUUUCUCUAACUGCUGACUACAAUAGUGGCGCUUUACCAUGUAAUUGUGAUUAUGCUGGCUCUACUAGCUUUGAGUGCGAUCCAUUUGGUGGCCAAUGCCAGUGUAGGCCGAAUGUUAUUGAACGUCAGUGUGGCGCUUGUCGCACAGGCUUCUUUGGUUUUCCAGAUUGUAAGCCUUGUCAUUGCCCAAGCACAGCCAUGUGCGAACCACAUACUGGCGAAUGUGUUUGUCCACCCAAUGUAAUGGGUGAAUUGUGCGAUAUGUGUAUGCCAAAUACAUAUGGUUUCCACCAAAUAAUUGGUUGUGAAUCUUGUGAUUGUAACUAUAUGGGAGUUGCCAAUGGCAAUAUGCAAUGUAAUAUGUUAAAUGGUUCGUGUGAAUGUCGCCCACAUAUUGAAGGUCGCUCUUGCGACACUUGUUCCAAUGGCCAUUACGCUUUUCCACGUUGCGAGCAGUGUAGCUGUAAUACCGCUGGUACUGAGUUAGAAAUUUGCGACAAAGUUGAUGGAAGCUGUUUCUGUAAGAAGAAUGUCGUAGGCCGUGAUUGCGAGCAAUGCAUGGAGGGUACUUAUAAUUUACAGGCAAUUAAUCCCGAUGGUUGCACAACAUGCUUCUGCUUCGGUAAGACAUCACGUUGUGAAAGCGCGUAUUUGCGUGUAUACAAUGUCAGUUUGUUGAAGAACGUUUCACUAAAUUCUGCACAAUUCCAUGAAAAAUCGAUUGAAUUCGAAAUAUGGGACUUUCCACCAGAAGACUUAAUAGUAAAUGAAACAACAAUGCAGGCUGAUUUCUCCUUCCGUGAUUUCAAUGAUGAGGGUGUUGUGUAUUUUGGCGUUUUGGAUUACUUAAUGAAUCAAAAUAGUCACAUCUCAGCUUAUGGUGGUGAUUUGGCUUACUCGUUGUAUUAUACCACAGGUCUCAGUGGAAAGCCAUUGAUAGCACCCGAUGUUAUAUUGCUAAGCAAAGAUCAUAUGCUAGUGCAUCAAAGUUAUGAGCAACCUGCCUCUAAUCAAGUAUUUACUAAUCAUGUGCAAAUGGUGGAGACGAACUUUUUAACUCAAGACGGUAAAUCAGUAAGCAGAGCAGAUUUUAUGAUGGCAUUACGUGAUUUGAAAAUGAUAUUUAUACGUUCGAAUUACUGGGAACAGACACUUAUUAGCCAAUUGUCAAAUGUUUAUCUUACAUUGGCGGACGAAGAUGAGGAAAGUACUGCCGACUAUCAGUUCUUAGCUGUGGAAAAUUGUCAUUGUCCAGCAGGAUACUCCGGUCUAUCAUGUGAAGAUUGUGCUCCUGGCUAUUAUCGUGAUCCCGAUGGUCCGUAUGGCGGAUAUUGUAUACCAUGCGAAUGUAACGGACAUGCAGAGACUUGUGACUGUGCUACAGGCAUCUGUAAGAACUGUCAACAUGCAACCACGGGUGAUCAUUGUGAGUUGUGUAUUGAAGGUUAUUAUGGCAACGCAACGAAUGGAAGUCCGCAUGAUUGUAUGAUAUGCGCUUGUCCUUUGCCUUAUGAUGCAAACAAUUUUGCUACUAGUUGCGAAAUUUCUGAAUCCGGUAAUGAAAUUCAUUGUGAGUGUAAAACAGGUUAUACAGGUGCACGCUGCGAGUCUUGUGCUAAUGGUUUUUAUGGUCUACCAGAACAGUUAGGUGAAUACUGUAAGCCUUGUGAGUGCUCUGGUAAUAUAAAUCCUGUCGAACCCGGCUCCUGCGAUACUAUCACUGGAGAAUGCUUGCGUUGUCUAAAUAAUACAUCAGGCACAGCUUGCAAUUUAUGCGCUCCAGGUUAUUACGGAGACGCUAUUAAAUUGAAGAAUUGUCAGAGUUGUGAUUGCGAGGAAUUAGGCACUUUGGAAUGCGAUCCGUUUGUUGGCGAUUGCAAAUGUCACAAUCAUGUUAUCGGUGAACGUUGCGAUCGCUGUGAAGCUGACCAUUAUGGUUAUGAUUCGGGAAUGGGAUGUCGUGCUUGUGAUUGUGGUAUUGCUUCCAAUUACACGCAAUGUGAUGAUCAUACAGGUAAAUGUUCCUGUAAACCUGGCGUAACAGGUCGCCAAUGUGAUCGCUGCGCUGUGGAUCAUUGGAACUAUACCAGAGAAGGUUGCACACCAUGUCGCUGUAAUCAGGGCUAUUCUCGUGGUUUUGGCUGUAAUCCAUUUACUGGGCAAUGCGAAUGUUUGCCUGGUGUUAUUGGAGAUCGUUGUGAUCGUUGUCCACACCGUUGGGUGUUACUUAAAGAUGAAGGUUGCUUAAAGUGUGACUCAUGUCACGAUGCACUUCUAGAUGUAACCGAUCGCUUACGUUAUCAAAUUGAUCCAGUACUUGAUGAAUUCCAAUCUGUCGCUUUAGCAUUCUUCACCACGCAGAAAUUAAAUUACUUUAACGACUUAGCUGAUAAACUGUCACCUGAUGUACAGAACUUGGAUCCACAAAGUGUUAACUUAGAACCUGCUAGAAAUAAAAUUGCAGAACUGGAAUCUGAAGCAAAAGCAUAUAAUAAACAAGUGAAUCACAAUACAGAAAAUGCAUUAGACAGUCGCAUAAAAUCUGGAGUGCUGUACACAAAUGUGACUGCAUUACGUGAACGGUCAAGAUUAGACAACGAAGAAGCCAGGAGCGCUAUUGCUGCAGUAGAAGCCUUAUCAAGCAAUUUGGAAGCUGCUGCUAGUACAAAACUUGACGCGGCACUGGAAAAUGCCCAAAACAUUUUGAAUCGCAUUAACGAAACAAAAUUAAAUCUUGUACCAAAUGAAAAUCUGUUAACGAAAUCUGUGGACCUAUUUGGUCAAAUUGAUCAAAUUGUCUUACCUAUUAAGAAUCAAAAUAAGUCAUUGGAUUCAUUAAAAUAUGAUAUUGGUGAAUUUAGUGAUAAAUUAGAGGAUCUCUACUUAUGGAGUUUGCAGGCGCAAAAUGUAUCUAGAGAAGUCGAAAAACAAAAUGCGAAAAACAAACUUGCAUUUGAAAAUUCAAAGUUCGAUACUGUUCUAGAUCAGCAGAAGGAAGCAGACAAAAAUAUAGAAGAAGCUGGCAACUUCCUCAUAAAUGGAGAUCUCAUAUUAGUGGCAAUUGAUAGAUCAUUAGGUGACUUAAAUGAAGCUUUUACGGACUUAAAGGAUAUCAACGUUAAUAUUGAGAAUGAGUUGCCUGAUAGGGAAAAGGAACAUAUGGAAGCUUCCAAUACUACACAGGAAGCAGAAUUACACGCUGCAGACUUAAGUGUAAGGGCACAGGCUCUUACGCAACAGUAUGCCGAUAUGACAACAAGUGCAGAACCAGCAAUAAAGGCUGCAACAGCGUACACUAAUAUUGUCGAUGCAGUGUUGUCCGCACAGAACUUAACUAAAACAUCUAAGUUUGCUGCAGGCAAUGCAACUGAAAUCACUGAAGGCAUAGGCGAUCGAGCUGGACGUGCCGAUAAGGAUUCUGCUGAACUUCUACAAAAAGCGCGUGAUUCAUUAUCAAAAGUUCAAACUGACCUAGAACCAAGGCUUAAUGCUUCCGCCACUAAGGUUAAUGAUAUUACAGAAUUGAAUAAAAACACCGAAAACCGUUUGAAGGACAUUAAUAUUGCGCGUGAACCGCUUUCAACUGAUUUGCAACGGGAUAUUUGGAAGAAUUCCAACAGAAACGCAACUGACGCUUUGGAGAUAAUGAAGGAGGUUCUAGAUAUUUUAAAACCAGUUGUUACGCAAACACCAAUGGCUUUAGAAAAGGCUAAGAAUAUAUCAAAAGAUAUUGAUAUGACAACAAAGGAUAUAUCACAAGCAAAGAGCCAACUAGAAAGUGUUAAAAAUGCUAUACCAAAAUUGGAAGAGCUAGUAGAUACGGUUGGUAACCAGCAAGCUGAAGUUGAAAGAAUCGGACAGGACUUAGGUGAAAAUAUUGAAAACUUGAAACGCCAAAUUGAGCACGCACGUCGUUUAGCGAAUGACAUUAAAGUUGGCGUCAAAUUCGUGCCAAGUACUGUGCUGGAAAUACAACCACCAGAAAAAUUACCACUUCUAGCUACAAAAACCAAAGUAUCAGCAUACUUCAAUACUACCAAUCCUAAUGGUUUCCUUAUGUUUUUGGGUAACGAUAACAAAACAGCUGCUAGCACGGCACCUGCCAAAAAGAAUAACGACUUUAUGGCUAUCGAAAUUGUCAAUGGUUAUCCAAUACUAACAAUUGAUUUAGGCAACGGACCCGAACGUAUAACGAAUAAUAAAUAUGUUGCCGAUGGCGAUUGGUAUCAAGUAGUAGUAGAUCGUACUGGAUCAAAUGCUAAACUGAUAAUACGGGAACAGUUGGCUAAUGGCACUGUGUUAGACCACACCAGUGAAGGUGAAUUAUUAGGUCCUAACAAUGUCUUUAACGUUGAUCGCAAUAGUCGCUUGUUUGUUGGAGGCUAUCCACCGCCGGCAGAUUUUACGCCACCGGAAGAUAUACAUUCCAGUUCGUUUGUGGGAGAAAUUGAAGAUUUACGCAUAGGUGACGAAAAUGUUGGAUUAUGGAACUUCGUUUAUGGUGAGGAUAAUAAUUUGGGUGCAAAUAAACGCAAUAAAUUAGUUAGCGAGGAUAUACCACCGACUGGUUAUCGUUUCAGCGGCAAUGGAUUUGUGUCACUGAAAGCAACACAGUAUAAUUUCAAAUCUCGUUCAAGCGUACAGUUCAGUUUUAAAGCAGCUAAGGAUGCUAAAGAUGGCCUUAUGUUCUUCUAUGGGCGAGGCAACCACUUUAUGUCUAUAGAAUUAGUUAAUGGUGGUGUGUACUUCCGGUAUAAGUUGGGCGAACAUAUGGUUUCCACUGGUAGCAAUGAUCGUUACAAUGAUAAUGAAUGGCAUCGUGUAGUGGCCGAGCGUGAUGGACGUCGAGGUUUAUUGAAAGUGGACGAUGUUAUAAUUGCCCAGGAAGAAGCUCCUCCAGAAGCUGAAGAAAAUAUGCCGGCAAUUAGACGUAUGUUCUUUGGAGGUUAUCCUGGUAAACGCAAUCAUUCCGCUAUUGUGGAACAAAACUUCGAUGGUUGUAUAGAUGAUGUGAGCAUUGCUGGCAUUAAGGUGGAUUUGGGCCAAAAUAUAAAUGCUGUUGACGUGAAGCAGGGUUGUCCACCCAAGUAUUCAACAACUUUAGCUUUCCCGCCGAAUGAAUAUGGUUAUUUGUCUACAACAAAUGUGACUUCUCGAAACAAUUUCAAUAUUAAUUUGAAAUUUAAAACAAGACAACGCGAUGGUGUGCUAUUCUAUACUGCCAAUCAUGAUCAAAGUUCUACAAUUGGGUUGACUUUGAAUAAUGGCGCGUUAAUAUUGAAUAGUAUGGGUACCGAACUUAUGUCUGAUAUGAAUAAUCUAAAUGACGGAGAGGAACAUGUGGUUACUGUACGUCAUGAUGAAAAUCAUUUGAGGCUAUCAAUCGAUGAUGUGGAAGACAAACGCACAUCAAUUACACCAAAUCCAUUAUUGAUCAAUAACGGAGAUAUAUUCUUUGGUGGCCUACCGGAUAAUUUCAUAGUACCUCCACGUGCGUUAUCCACUUCAGCCUAUUUCGUUGGUUGCAUAAGCGAUGUUACAAUAAAUGGAGAAAUAAUAAACUUUGCUGAUAGUACUGAGAAAAAGAAUGGCAAUAUUAAUAACUGCCCCAGUGACAUUUUGGCUUAUGAUACAUCAAAAGUGCCAGUAUAUUUCCCACGUGGUGAAAAUGAGCUUGUACCCAAAGUUCCACUUGCACCAAUUACAACUCAAUGGACUAAACCAGCACCCACUACUAUUAUGCCAACAAAAGCUACAACACCUACAGCAUCAUUCUUACCAGCAACUACAACAACAACAACUACUACUACAACAACGACCACAACAACAACGACCACAACUACUACAUCCAGUCCCCCAAUCAAAGCAGAGGAAAGACCAGAAGAGUUCGCCGAAAUAAUACCGAAACCAGCUGUUACAAGUAAACCAAAACCGAUAAUUCAUCAGAAUAUGCCAGAAGAUCCUCGUUGUAAACUGCCAACUAAUCCAAACUUCGAUAAAGAUUUCUCGGAAGCCGGUUACAGAUUUGUCGCUACACGAGAACAACGUCUUGAAAUACAUACACUGCCCGCUAAAUUACGUAAACAUUAUGAUGUUAGCAUUACAUUCCGUACUGACUAUCCAUAUGGUUUGCUCUUCUAUGCAAGCGACAAGCGGCAUAAUGAUUACUUUGCUGUAUAUUUAUUGGACGGUAAGAUCUACCAUCAGUUGCGCGUUGGCCAAAAAUUCGCUAACUUGUCCAGUGAGCAAGAAUUGAACGAUGGCAAGUGGCAUACAGUCCAGUUUGUGCGUACAAACCGCAAAUUAAGUCUUAUAAUAGAUGAAGUAGAACAAGAACCUUCGGUGGAAGCUGAUGAACGUGCAAUGAUGGUUGAAUUCCCAAUCUAUCUCGGUGGUGUACCUAAGUUCCAAGAAGAAAGUGUACAUCUUAAUAUUGAAAGCAGUGCUAACACUACGCACUUUAAUGGUUGCAUGCGUGACAUUAAGUUCAAUGGCGCAACUUUGGAAAAAGAACCAAUGCCACAUCAUGUUGUACCAUGUUCAGAUGAAGUUGAAGAUGGUUUCUUCUUCAACAAGCCAACUGGUUACAUCAAAUUGUUUGAACGCUUUACUGUUGGUUCAGACUUUAAUUUCGAAUUCGAUUUUAGACCACGCGAGCCAGACGGUUUGAUAUUCUCUGUGCAUGGUAGAAAUGCAUACAUGAUAUUGGAGUUAAUGGAUAAUAUUCUAUGGUUUACUGUUAAAUCGGACGGUAAAAAUAUUAUUUUUACGAAUUAUACAUUGCCAGAUAAUGGCAGUUAUUGUGAUGGCAAUUGGCGUAAUGUCAAUGCAGUCAAAUCAAAAUAUGUCAUCACAAUAGCUGUCGAUUAUAUCAAUAAUACUCCAGGAGUUGGUACUGAAGGCUCAAUAAAUACAAAAACUAAUCGCCCAUUGUUCCUGGGUGGUCAUCAAGCAUUCAAUAAAGCACCGGGUCUGAAAACUAAGAAGACUUUCAAGGGUUGCAUACGAAAUGUUAAAGUUAAUAAAAAGGCCAUGAGAAUAACACCAAAUCAUAUAUUCGGUGAAAUUUGGCAAGGCGUGUGCCCGCUUAAUUAACCUACAAAAAUUUAUUCUCAUUCUUACUUUUCUCUUAUUUCUUCUCCAUUAUAAUUCGGACUCAAAUAUAUUGCUAAAGGUUCUUGAUUUGGGAUAAAUGUUUUGUUUUAGUUAACUAUGGAAUAAAUUUGUCAGGUUGGCGACUUGAUAUUUUCGUUUUGGAAAACUGAUGAAGAAAAGGACUUUGCUAUAGUAAUCAGGACACUUUCUAUAUUAUUUCUAUUAUUAUUUUUCUUGUAAAAACUUAUUG